GCUGGCUGCUACAUAGACACCGUAUAGGCGACGUGGCCUAUCUUGCCUAUCCCACUUCUGUUGCCGGUCGCUCAGUCAUCAAGCAAUGCGGCCGCUCUUGGUAUUUGCGCUUUUUUGUUCCAUUCACCAAUUGAGAUGCGAGGAACUGAAGAUUGACGUCACGAAAGCUGUCGACAAGUGCGAAAGGAAAAGCAAAAGAAACGAUCUAUUGUCUGUUCACUACACGGGAAAGCUGCAAGACGGCACGGAGUUUGACUCAAGUCACGCAAGGAAAGAACCUUUCAAGUUCCAAAUUGGUGUUGGCCAAGUGGUAAAAGGAUGGGACCAAGGUCUGCUCGACAUGUGCGUUGGAGAGCAUAGGACACUGACCGUGCCUCCUGAGCUUGGCUAUGGGGACAAAGGAGCAGGUGAUCGUAUUAAACCAAAGUCAACAUUGAUUUUUGAUGUUGAACUGGUGAAGAUUGAAGAUGGACCUCCACCGGUCAAUGUAUUUAAGCAGAUUGACUCUGACAAGGAUGAUCAUCUGUCAAGAGAAGAGGUGAGCAAAUACCUCAAAGAGCAGCUGCCAGCAGCACAAGCAGCAGGGCUUAAGGAUCUUCCUGAGACUGAUAAAAUGGUGGAGGACAUCUUCCAGCAUGAAGACAGGGAUAGGGAUGGCCUUAUCUCUAAAGAUGAAUUUAGUGGGCCAAAGCAUGACGAACUAUAGUCAUGCAACUUUACUGGUUGACAGCAUUGUCUGUGGGUGGAACUUAGGUAAUCAUGCACAAAAUUUUGGGUCACACAGUAGCGUAGCCAGAAAAAUAUUUCAGGAGGGGUUCUGCAGGAACUUUAAGUGGGGGAGAGGAUUUCACCCUCGCUUUUUUCUGUCCCAAAUGCACUACCAAAGGUACGGUUUCGGGGAUGUUUGAAGCCCCAGACACCCCAUCCGGCUAUGCCAUUGGGGCAGUAUCACUCCUAGUGCUAUGCAAUAUUGCCUUUAAUGGCAUUUCAGGAAGUUAAUUAUACAUUCCUACAAACAUGCAUUUUUAACAUCCUCUAUAUAUUGUAACAUACCAGCUCAUAUUCAUUUAGGCGUUUACAUAAACAACUAAGAUUUUAUCGGAGGUAUGUGAGGGACUCACAUUUGCCACACUUUUUUUCAUUUUUUUUAGACACAUCUUUUUUUUAGACACAUCUUAAGGAUGCUCAGGUAACUAAAUUGCAUCACAAAUUUUACACUGAACUAUACCCAUGACACAUGGCCACCGUAAAGGCCAUUUCAUUGAAGGAGUGUUAUCUGAAUGGUAUUUGCAUAGAUUGAGAAGUUACCCGUCAAAAAGAACUAGUUACAAGUUAAGUUACUGCGUGAAAAAUGUACCGUAUUUUCACGCGUAUUAGCCGCAGCUUAUGCGCGAUUUUUUCGCGGACGCUCUGCGGCUUAUCCGAUGGCUAUUUUUCCCUGGUAUUUUCCCCAUACCCCGGAUUAAACGAAAGGAUACACAGUGCCUCAUGUUUUUUGGAGCAGGACCGCCCUGCCAGUGCACAAACAAUACCGAACAGGGGCGGGUCCACAUUCGAGUGGACUGACCUUCCGAAUACAUUCCCCCACACAGCUUUAACAAAAGGGGUGACAGUGAUUAAUGUCUCCUGGAACACCACUAACUCCUCAAUCCACGAAAAACAUGCAACAAGGGCACAAUCCGAUCUUAGUAGAACAGUAGAACUGACCUCAUUUGUUAUACAUUAUGCAGACACCGGAAUGUGGACCGCCGGGUUUAUGGCCUUCACUACGGUCUCCUUUGUCGGCAGACCCACAGGAAGGGUUCAAUACACCUGACAUCGGGAUAAAACGUGGUCAGCUAAGCGUCAGUUCUCAUUUGACCAGAGCACCAGCAUUCGUGGACACGGGCACGGCAGUUAGAGGUGAGGCAUGGCUCCAACGCGAAGGCACAGCUACGACAACGGCUUCAAACUAAAAGUCGUCGAUGUCGUGGACCAGUACGGGAAUAGGGCAGCUGGCAGGGAGUACGGCGUCGACGAGCGUUGAGCGUCUCUAUUGAUUUUGUUUGUGCAUCACUGGUUCAGCGCACAAAGCAGUCGCGUCAUAUUACCUGCGGUUUAUCUGCGAGUGCGGCUUAUCUGCAAAAUGUAUAUAAAAACGAGUCCUGCGGCUUAUCUGCGGUGCGGCUAAUACGCGUGAAAAUACGGUAACUAUGUUACUAACGAAGUUCUUCAGCCUGAAAUGCAACUCGCAGUUACUGAGUUACUUAAAAAAAAGAACGAGUUGCUUCCAAGUUUCUUCGGACAUAAAAUAGCAUUAUGCAGGUGCAGCGCGCGUGAGCGCAGUUGAGUUAGACCUUGAGUUGCCUGCGGAGGAGUGCGACACGCUUAGAUCGUUUUCGUUUAUGUCCAACAAUAGACCUCUUCCUGUUUGCGACAGCGCCACAAAUUUGGUAGAAUUGAACUACGCUCGAAGUUAGGGGUGAACAAGGUCGCGCCCGAAAGCCACGGUCUUGAGGGGAUUAUGAUAUGGUCCCUUAAAGGGAGACGACCCUCGGUCCUGCUUUUCUUUCAAUGGGAGGUAGUGAACAAGUGACCGUUCAUGGAACCUAGCCCUUUCCUUCCGAUUUGUUUCGGUUUCAGUCUGUCUACCAAUGUCAUGAUGACGUUUCUCUGGUAGAAGUCUAUUCGAAUGCUUUGCAUCUUACUCCCUGUGGGCGCACAAUGGUUCAGCUUCAUUUCAAUGGCAGCGGUUCUUACUUCCUGAAUAAAAUACUGUCAUUGAUUGAAUAUCACAUCUUAUGGCAAAAAAUGCCACGAAGGAACCGGAGAGAAAGCAAGAAAAUAUGUGGACGUGAGUGAAAAGCGAGUUAAAAGUAACUUGGAACUUAAGUUACUUUGGCAAAGUUACCUGAAAAAGGAACGAGUUCCUCUGAAAGUUACCACGGCGCAAAAGUAGCGAGUUAAGUUACAAGUUACCAAAAAAAGGAACUUAGUUACAGUAACGAGUUACCUCGGACUCUGGGUAUUUGUGCCCACUGGCACACGGCAACUGGAGAUCUCCUUUUGGCUACUGGUGUUUUUUGGGAAGGGAGAUUGCAACUGAAAAGGCACAGCCUCAGAUGCAGGGCAGCCAAGAACUUGAGGCUUGUGAAUAUGCAAACCUGAAAGGCAUCUCUCUUAUGAGCCAUUAAUAGAGUUUCUUGGAACGUAUAAGAUUCCCGUCAUGCCUAAUACGACAAUUUUUAAUUCACGUAAUUAAUAACGCUUGGAGCACUAAGGUCGUUGAUACCUACGUAAUGGAUCCCCACCACAAAUCAAGACUCAUUUUCGUUAUAAACUUCACAAUCAGAUACACCCACAAAAUCCCCCCCCCCCCCCCCCACAGUAUGUGCAUAUCAUACUGCUAUUUAGUUGUUUAAUAACCACUCAUGUGUAGCCACCUGAAAUGUGAUGCUUGCAAAUAUGUUGUGCUACUCUCCAGUUUUUGUCUGAACCUUUAGCGCCACACUUCUGGCUGCAUGCACCAAGAGAAUCGUAGAAGGGAAACCGGCAGCAUCUGUGUGUCAGUAUCGUGAACUCCUUUAAUAAGGAGUCACCUUUCAAAGGACUUCUACUUGAAAGAUGGUCUUUCCUGUCUGUGUGUCACGGGUAUUAAACUUGCUAGGAACACGAGGAAGUUAAUGCCUCCUCGUUAAUGUUUUCGACAGUCAGGUUUUCUUCCGAUAUGAUGCUCAAAAUGAUGUGUACAUACAGAAAAAUGUUUCUACAGGUAUUUUUGUAUGCAAGAUGUAUAUAGGGUGUACAGUUUUAUUCAUUACAAAUUUUUUAUUACAAAAGAAGGUAUGAGAGCUGCAUAGAUGUCGUUUUGCGGUUGAGUUAUACGGCCAGGCGGACAUCCUCUCGAGGAGAGUAUGCAACUACAAAAUGACUAAUUACCUAAAAUUCAUUACAUAACUCCUUAAUGAGGGGAUUUCAAGCAAAAGUGAGGUGGCAGAAUGGGAGCAAUCCUCGUUGAAAGCCAUUCCAUUUUCUAAAAUUCAUGAAAUGUGUAUUGUGUGUUGAAAUACACAUUGCCGAAUGUUGGUACACAAAUGAGCCGAAAGCACACUGAUCAGGAGCACAGGGAGGACAGCUCUUGUUCCACGUCAGGAGGGCCACAUGCUUUGGAGCGAUGGUGGUGAUUGGAGUAGGUGCUGAUCUGCUGGCAAGAUCAUUUGUUUGGUGGCCAAAAUAAACCAAAAAUUCCCCCAAUUAAAGAGUUAAUUAAUGAGUUUUUGGGUAAUCUUGUAAUUACAUACUCUCUUUGAAAGGAUGUCCACCUGUGAAAACUGCAUCUGUAUAGCUUUCAUUGAGCUUUCUCAUAAAGAACCUGAAACAGAUAAAAAUGAACACCCUGUAUAGUCGAACACAAUGUGCCUUACAUCCGACCUAGGACUUAGCAUGUGAUAAGGUUGCAUACCAAAUAAAUGGUACUCCUUGG